UUCUGCCGAUAUGCCAGCAACAAGUUACAACUACAGGGCAGUUUGUGGUGGCGCAACCUCCUCUUGUGGCCGGACCUUGGGAUAUUAGACUCGUUAUGGAAUUGUGCAUCCCCUUGUGGUUUUUGUUCCUGCUAGAGUCCUUGUUGCUUGACAGAGGAACAGGUCAUCCCGUGGACAGCUGCCGGGACCAGUACCCACAAGAAUGUCGCCAGUACGUGACUAGGACGCUGUGUGAUCACCCAGGCAUCACCCCAGCGUGUAGACACACGUGUGCAGCCUGUGUGGAUCCUGUGGCACCCUGCGAGGACCCCAAAAGAUGGGGGCAACACUGUGAUAACCUUUGUAACGUCGCCUGCUCUGGACGCCGAUGUCACAGAAUGUCGGGGUACUGUCACGGGAGUUGCUGGGACGGCCUCUAUGGUCUGGCCUGUGAGCUUCAUUGUGAGAACUGUAUGAACGGACAUUGCAACAGAGUUGGAACAUGUCUUUCCGGAUGCAAGCCCGGGUGGCGGGGUACGCGCUGUGAUCAGAACGAUUGAAAUGGGACGGUUUGUGAUGGUUUUGCUCAGCCAAGAAAACGAAUACAUGUUUCGUUUUGAAACAUAUUUUAUUGUCCAAUUGACAGAGGCAUUGGGCACAAGUGCACCAACUAUUGUCGCCUUAUUGGCCGGAAUUAGGGUCUCGAUCGUUGAUCCUACUACCGUAAUCAACAGAUUAAUAUGAUAUUUCCGACUUCAACCAUGGUAUUUGUAAUGUAAUUAUUAUGGUGGAUUGCAUGAAAUUGACACCCUAUCGUAUGUAGAUCAGCACACAAUAAAACAGCUGUGAAUUCCAGAUUGAGGAUCAAAUAUAACAAAAAUAGCCAGACAUCAUCAUACUUACAUUUGAGUUAUUGUGAUCAGUACCGUAAUCAGCUGUUUCCAUUAUAAUUCUGUACAUCACUACCCAUUCAUCACAACGCUGUUUCUCUCACUGUAAUAAAGAAGCUGUUCAUCCA